CACUGUUGCCUUAAAAGUGCAUCAUCAAAGCUCUUUUGUUAAUAUUAACCUUCGUAUGUGACUAUCAUCAGAACCUGUAUGACUUGUCGGUUUUUUACAACCUAACUAACUAACUAGUCUAACUGCUGUUUAACUGCUGGCUACCACUAACUGUGUGUGUGAAUAAACCUUCAGAAAGACAGUCGAGUUGCCGUACUUGUUAUGGUUGCCCCUUCCAGAAGGGAUUAUUGACCUGAAAGGAUCAUGUAUUUUUUAAUUGUUGAUACUUUAUUAAUCCCCUUAGGGAAAUUAUUCUCUGCAUUUUGACCCAUCCUAGAAUUAGGAGCAGUGGGCUGCCACACUGAGUAGCGCCAGGGGAGCAAUGGGGGUUGGGUACCUUGCUCAGGGGUACCCCAGCCCUUUCGACCUGGUGGGGACUUGAACCGGCGACCUUCCCUUUCCACUUGGCCACAGGCUGCCCCAUUAUGGAAGUGAAGAAUAAGACUAGCAGCUCCAUGGCUAACAUGAAUGGGACGCAGUUUCCCGCUCAUGCAGUGAACCAGCCACUGACCAAUGCCACUGGCCGCUUUUGGCAGGUGGAGCCCAUCAGCCAGGGCAUCCAAAUUGCUGCAACUCUGAUCAUCUUCCUGGUGGGCAUACCUCUGAAUGGCCUGGUGGUUUGGGCUCUUGGAUUUCACGGCCGUCGACACCUGGUGCACAGAGGUGCCAAUGGUUCGAAGCAUGCCGCCAGCAGUUUCCGCAUAUAUGUCCUGAACCUGUCCCUGGCUGACCUGGUGCUGCUUGUGCGUACCCCUCUCAUGCUGGGCUACCUCGCUCACGGAAACAGUUGGCCGUUUAGUCACGGCUUCUGCCGUCUGAUCAUGUUCCUGCGGGGCCUGGGGUUGUACGCCUCCGCCUUCCUCCUCUGUGCCGUGGCCUUGGAACGAUGCCUGUGCCUGCUGAAGCCCAUGUGGGCUCGACUGCAACGGCCACCCUGGGCUGUUCCUCUGGCCUGUGGCCUCUUGUGGCUGCUAGCUGCCAUCCUGUCUGCCCCAUACUUGCACACCGCCGAGCUUUUUGAAAUUAACGAGGCUUACCAGUGCCUGGAGAGUGGGAAGUUUAACAUGGGCCUGUUUGUAACAGAAACGGUGGCAGGUUUCAUCGUGCCCCUGCUGGUGUUCGUUGGAAGUAACAUUGCCGUUUUACUCACCAUUCAGCAAGUAGUGCCUCCAACGCCCACCUCCUCCACUGCUUCCACCUCACGCAGGAUGGUCAGGAUGUACCAUGUGCUCUUCUUCACCAUGCUUUUUUUCCUCACCUGCUGGGUGCCCUAUUUUUUUUGCCGUUUCCUAAGAGUCUUGGUUGAGGGACGACCUGACUGGAUCAAACUGUACACUGGAGCAUUAUAUGGCACAUACAUAUCACUGUAUCUAGUAUACAUCAAGAGUGCACUAAAUCCUGUGCUGUAUGUGUUUGCUGCCAGAGGCUUAGGCCGCGCCAUCAGAGACUCACUUGUCUCCACUAUUGAAAGACUUUUCAACGAUGAAUCCUCAGAGUCCAUACGAAGAAAAUCACUUAAGAACUCCCAGAUUUGACCAGGAGUUUAGAGUUUUUUUGUAUUUUAAAUUUUAUCUUAGGUUGUCUCCCUGCAAAUCACUGGUAACCCACAGAACUGAGCUGGGUAAAUAUUACUCCGUUCAGACGUGGUAUUAAUAUCUGUUCUCAGAAAUCUGCUCUCAUGUGCACAACUUUGCCGUGUUUCCACCUCAAAUCUUUGGUACCCUUACAGAGUAUCACAGUACGGUUAGACCAGCUCCACCCAAGACUAAUCAGCCAGCUGAUUGAGCGACAAAAAUAUGACACUCCCUUGCGAUAGGCGUAAAUAUUUCAUGGAAAUCAAGGCAGAGGCAGAGUCUAUUGUUAUAAAAAUGGAUGGAUGUCUUGUUGAGACCAAUAGCCACAAACUGACCAGGAAGCAAAGAGCCACUGGACGUCUUCCUCUGUAGUCUGUUGCUACACAGCCAUUGGGCACAGAUGGCCACACCCCACCUACCAAGUAAAUGAUACUGUUCGUAGUCGAAAAACUCAGGCCUGACUUUAGGGCUUUAUCCUUCCAAACCGAACCAUACCAUGACGGACACACAGCUGUGUUCAUAUAAAAAUGAAAGCCUAAUUUGUGGGGCAUGCAUUAGGUAGCAGCAGCAAUGUAGUCCGAAUGUAGUUUUUGGGUGUGUAAAAACAUCAGCACAACAGAGAGUACAGAAGGACAAAAAAAAAGAAAUCACACAGGAUUUCUCCACCAUCAGCUAAAAACAAGAACAUACAAGGUCAGUAAAAAAAAUAAAUAAAUAAAAAAAAUAUGACUGACGGUGUCAAAAAUGCUGCGUAUGUUGCUACAUGCUGAAGGCAGGGUCAUAAUUGGCAUGAAAAUGUAUUCAUGCACCAUCUUGUCGAUUGGAUUCACAGGCAGGAAACAUUAUCUACAUAGAUAACAACCGCAAUGUCACUAAUUCCAGGCCACAGAGCAACUUCUGUCACAUUAUUUCCUCUAAAAUAAAACAAAAAAUGUUUAUUUGCA